GCCUGAUAAACUGAUGAAGUCAGAAUUCCUCAGGCUUUUUGAGGUGAACAGCUGGUAGGAGCUGCACUACAAAGCAGCCCGGGGCACGAGCACAAGGCUCCUCGCACAUGCCAGGGACGGGGCCGAGGCAGCGGAGACAGCGGCGUUCGCCGCGAAGCUGUGGUCACCACUGUGGAAUUCGUGGUAUGAGAAGGCAGAGAGUCAGGGUAGAGAGAAGAUCCUUGCUGAACUGCUGUAACCAUGAGGACAGUGAUUUUAAUUGUCCUGAUCAUCUUCUCAUCGCUGUCUUCAGGAAAGAAAUUCCGCUGGUGCACCCUGUCUGACCUGGAGCAGAGGAAAUGUGCCGAGCUGGCUAAGGCGCUCUCGGCUGUGCUGCCCCUUGCCACUGCCACUGCCUUUGCCAGGGUCUCUUGCAUCAGAGCCCACAACACCUAUGACUGCAUCGAUAAAAUCAGGGCAAAUAAAGCAGAUGCUGCCUCCUUGGAUGCUGGAGAUGUUUACUCUGCUGUAAAACUUUAUGGUUUGGCAGUGGUGGCAAAGGAGAUCUAUGAUCAAGGAAAUUGUGUGUUUGCCGUGGCCGUGGCCAGACGAGGAACUCUGGACAUCCAGCGGCUGCGAGGUGUGCGCAGCUGCCACAACGGAGCCAGGUGGACGUCGGGCUGGAAUGUUCCACUUGGCUUCCUCCUUGCAAGAAAUGACCUUUCCUGGGAUGAGGCACAACCUCUGAGCCAAGCAAUCAGUGAGUAUUUCAAUGCAAGCUGCAUCCCCGGGGUUGGUGUUGCUGCUCCUCGACUCUGUGCUCUCUGCCAAGGACAAAAAUCCUAUGUCAGAGACAAGAACCACUUCUGUGAGACAAGCAGCAAUGAACCCUUCUAUGACUCUGAGGGAGCCUUCAGGUGCCUGAAGGAGGGAGUGGCAGAUGUUGCCUUUUUAGAUCAUCUAAGAAUUAUGAGGGCCACAGAGUCAGAAGAGCAGGAAUAUGAACUCCUGUGUCCUGAUGGGAGCACAGCCCAGCUGAGCGCCUACAGCACCUGUAACCUGGGCAAGGGGCCUGGCCGGGCCAUCGUCACCCGCAGCAACUUCCACAGGAUCACCAACAAAUUCCUCAGCAUGAUCCAGCGCCUCUUUGGGCGAAAAGGGAAGGAAAGAGCCAGAUUUGAACUCUUCACUUCAGCACCCUUUGGGGGAAAGAACCUGCUGUUCCGAGAUGCCACUCAGCACCUGCAGCUUCUGGAGGAGCAGCUGGAGAUUGCCUAUGUCCUUGGCCUGGAUUAUGUGGCUCUCCUCAAGGGCCUGGGCCACGAAGGGAGCUCUUUGGAGAACAGCGUCGUGCGCUGGUGCUGCAUCAGCGACGCCGAGCUUCGCAAAUGUGAGGAGUGGGCACUGAGCAUCAAAUCCGACCCCUUAGUCUGUGUCCAAGCAACUUCCAUGACCAAAUGCAUUGAAAUGAUCAAGAGCAGCGAGGCGGACGCGGUGACCCUGGAUGCGACACACGUCUACAUCGCAGGCAGGUGUGGGCUGGUGCCUGUAGCUGCAGAGUGUUAUGGGGGAGAUUGUGCCCAAGCUGCCGAGAGCAUGGAGAAAACAGGAAAACUAAUUCACGUUAAGCACAAAGCACUACCACCUGUGUUUGCUGUUGCCUUAGCUAAGAAAAGUGCCAAACAGAUUAACAUCCAUAACCUGAAGGGAAGGAGGUCCUGCCACAGUCACCUGUACAGUCCUGCAGGAUGGUUACUGCUGUCCAGGCACACAGUGGGAGCUCUGGGGAAUGAUACCCAGAACUGUGACAUUGGCUCUGCUUACCAGAAUUACUUUUGGAAGGGCUGCAUGCCGGGAGCAGAUGGCAACAUGUGCAAGGUGUGCGUUGGGGACAGCGAGGUGGAAGGGGCCCGAGUCUCCAGCAGAUGUGCUGCAGGUCACAAUGAACAUUACUAUGGCAACAUGGGAGCACUCAGGUGCCUAGUUGGCAAUCCCAGUGGAAGAAGCUUUGGAGAUGUCGCUUUCCUGGAACACUCUAACCUGCUCCAGAACAUUGAAGAUCUGGACAGCUCUGGUUGGGCCAAAGGUUACAGCGCCCUUGACUUUGAGCUGCUGUGCCCGGACGGGACCCGCGCUGCAGUCACGGAGUGGGCAGGGUGUCACCUGGGCCACAUCCCCCCCAGCACUGUCAUCACCCGGCCGGUCACUGUCACUAAGAUCCACGACUUCCUGCUGCAAUCCCAGGAAUCUCUGGGAAGCAAACUGGAUUCUGAAUUCCAGCUCUUUCAGUCCUGGAAGUACGGUGGAAGUGAUCUGCUUUUCAAAGACGCUACUCAGUACCUUGUUCCUGCCAGUCACCUGAGCUAUCAGGAAAUCCUGGGAGAUUCCUUCAUCCAGCUGGCAGAGUCAGUGUUUAAUUGCACACCUGCAGGCAUCCUGGACUUCUGCAAACAGGAUAUCUGUGCAUCCUCAUCCAACUGACAGAGCCAGAGGCUGUGCAAGGCACGUACAUCACCCUCACUCCUGAAAACCAGGACGUGCGCAAGUCCAGCCCACCCAAAGCAAUCAGCAAGGAAACAGGCAUUUCUAGAGAGGGAUACUGAAUAUCUUCUUGUCUUUUUUUUUUAAGCAGGUUUGAUGUUUAUGAUAAUGCCAAACUACCCCUGUCCUGUUUGGAGCAGGGCAGCACAGGGAACAGCCCAGCCCAGAGCACAGAAUAGGAUCAGCAAUUCUCUGCAACCACUCUGGAGAAAUCAGCAUUUCUGUGGAAACAGCAGGGCCAAUACCAUGGGCUAAAAUACAGACUGGCAGCAGUAGCACAGGUUAGUUGGUAGCAUUUUGCCUUGCUUGUCUUAUAAAGAGUUUCCAUGCACAAACCCGACAUUUUGGUAAAUGCCAUUGUCCUCCUGUAUCUGUGAGUUUGGUUGCAGCCAGGUAGUCCUUGCAGAAUGCACAAAUGUGCCAUAGGCUGUGCAUGGAAUUGCUAUCAGAGCAGUGGUAUUUUCUGCUUUUAGCUGGGAAAAUGUAUUUGCUUUUUUUAACCAAAGAUUUUUACUACUAAAUCAAACCAAUUUUUUUUCUUACAAAUAAAUGUAUUAAGGCAUUUAAAAGCCAGCAGAACUGGAUGCUUGCAGCCUUAAGGUGAAAAAAAAAAAGCAAUGGAUAUUCAUCCUUCUCACAACCUCCAACUAU